GGGGGGGCGAGAGAGAGAGAGAUGACUGGGUGAAUGUUGCUGAUAGCAGAGCUGAGUGAAAGGACACCUACAUCAGACGCAUUAGAAGACUGAGACAAGAAUGGACCAAUCAAAACCACACGUAGAGAUGUUCCACUACAGGAACAAGGAACAGUCGUCCGACCUCCUACUGCAGCUGAACCGUCUGAGGCAGACCAGGAUCCUUACCGACGUGCUCCUCUGUUCAGAUAACACAGAGAUCCCCUGCCACCGUAACAUCCUGGCCUCCAGCAGUCCUUACUUCACGGCCAUGUUCUGUCACCACUUCAGAGAGACCAACCAGGAGAAGGUGGAUCUGAAGGGGAUCACCUCCAGCAUCCUGAGUGACAUCGUCGACUACGUCUACACAGGGGUCAUCACCAUCACCAUGGAGAUAGUACUGCCCCUUAUGCAGGCUUCCUCCAUGCUCCAGUACACCAGGCUGUUCGAGGCCUGCUCCUCUUUCCUGCAGGAGCAGCUGAGCCCAGACAACUGCCUCAGCAUGAAGCGACUGGCAGAGAUAUUACACUGCAACAGCCUGAAGGAGAAGGCCAGGGAGAUGGCAGUACAGAGCUUCUCUGACGUCUCUACCUCUGAGGACCUGUGUGAGCUCUCCUUACCUGAGCUGAUGGGUUACCUGGAGGAUGACUGGCUCUGUGCUGAGGAGGAGCAGGUGUUCGAGACGUUACUGGCGUGGAUCCACCACGACCCGUUCUCCCGGCGCGGCGCCAUCUCCGACCUCUUCAGGAAGGUGCGUCUGCGCUACAUCCACCCCACCUACCUGUUCCAAUUCAUCGCCAGCGACCCCCUCGUCCAGUCCUCCACCCUGUGCACCGAGGUCAUCGAGUCCGUCCGACGCCUCAUGUUCUCCAUCACUACUAAGUGUGGGUCGGACCUCAAGCCCCUGUGGGUGACCCCGCGGCGUUUCACCUGCCGGGAGACCCUGGUUCUCGUUGGCGGCCGCAAGAACAACGAACAGACGUCCCGCGAAGCACUGCUGUUCGACGAGAGGACUCAGCGCUGGCAGUGGCUGGCCAAGCUGCCCUUGCGACUCUAUAAGGCCUCCUACGUCUGUAUCCACAGUAUCCUGUAUGUCCUGGGAGGCCUCACCAUGAACACCAAGCACAGAGUGGUCAGCACCACUGUCUAUACGUUGUCUCUAAAGACCAACCAGUGGAGGACAACUGAGCCCAUGAUCCAGCCUCGCUUCGCCCACCAGUCGGUCUCCUACCUGCACUUUAUCUUCGUCCUGGGGGGCCUGGGGCCGGAGAAGCAGGUGUGCGACACGGUGCAAAGGUACAAUAGUAUGUUCAACCAAUGGGAGGCUAUGGUUCCCAUGCCGACGGCUGUGCUACACCCGGCGGUUGCCGCUAACGAUCAAAGAAUCUACAUGUUCGGGGGAGAAGACGCGAUGCAGAACCCUGUCAGGAUGAUACAGGUGUAUCACAUUGGCAGGAAUAUGUGGUCUAUGAUGGAGACCAGGACAGUGAAGAACGUUUCUGCACCAGCAGCAGUCCUUGAUGACAAGAUCUACAUUAUCGGAGGCUACACCAGAAGAAUGAUCGCGUACGACACCAAAGCCAACCGCUUUACGAAGUGUGAGAACCUGAAGCAGAGGAGGAUGCAUCACGCCGUCGCGGUGCUCGACGACAAACUGUAUGUGACCGGAGGACGCUUCAUCAACGGACACGACGUCAUAGAGGACUCCGACAGCUUCGAGUGCUACGACCCGAAGACUGACGCGUGGACGACGAAGGGGACGUUGCCGUACAGGCUGUUUGACCACGGUUCUCUGUCCCUGGUGUGUGUCUCCAACAAAUCCAAGCCUCCCUGAGUGUGUAUUGUGGAUGUGUGUGUCCCCCCCCCUUCAGAUGAUACACUGCCCGACCAAGCAAAAAAAGACAUUAACUGCUCAUAGCGUGGAACUGAGAAAAAUACCUUUAAUUUACCUUGGUGUCACAGUAUCUUCAUGCAGUUACUGGCUAACAUGACCCCCCAUUGUCUCCUGAACACAAUACAACCGAGGCAGGAUACUUGUCCACAUGAUUAAGAAUGUAUUUAAUGAAGCAAAACAUGACAUGAACUAAUUUUGGACCAAAUGAGCAGUUAUUGCCUUUUUGCAUGGUAGGGCAAUACUGUCUAUGCAUAUGUUGCUGCUCGGAUGUGACGCUGACCGACACAGAUGUUGCAAAGAACAUCUCUGAUGUCAUUUCCUGUCCCGCAAAUUCCCUCAAUGGGUGACACUUUCUCCAGCAGCGAAUCUUAAAUCAAAUGAGAUAUUUUUAUGUUUUUAUCGAUUUUAUCGUGUGGAACUGAAGCCCUGGGCAGUUAAUUGUUGUGUGGAACUGAAGC